UCGACGGUUGGCGCAUGCGCGCUCCAAAUUCCGCGCAAGCGCGAACUUGACCGUCUAUCGUUCUCAUUAUUCUGCGCUUUCUUGGCAGACGCGAUCAUCGGGGUGCAAGUCAAUUCGCGAAGCCAAUGUCGUAUAAGGCCGUCGGUUUUGCUGACCAACGAUCUCGCCGGCGUUUCAUGAGCCUUGACGGGAAACGUGCGAACACGCGACAUUAUUGCCGGCGAUUGACGACGAGCGACCGUAUGCGUCCGCACCAACGACGUUACAACAACGAACGCGUCCCACCUCUACGAUCUAUGCCUGACCGCGGGAAGGACGCUGCUGCUUCCCGAUUGCAGAUGCGCACGUCGACGACGAUCACGUCGCUACCGUAGCUAUGGUUGAGAUACCAAAGGAUUGUGUCCUGCAGUGGGCUGGCCACGCGGGAUAUAUUACAGAGAGAUUCAGUAGUCUGUUGGCACGUCAGGCCCUAGUCGAUGUCACAUUGAUCUGCGAUGAACAAAAACUACGUGUUCACAAGCUGGUUUUAGCUUCGAAUAGUAUAUACUUUGAGGAAAUACUGCAACAAGACUUGGGGCAAGAACCAAUUAUACUUUUGCAUGACUUGGACUUUGAAAUUUUGAAGGCCAUGGUCGAAUUCAUGUAUUGUGGAGAAACUACGAUAUCUCAUCAGCAUUUGUCAUCUUUGCAUACUGCAGCACAAAUUUUUAAGGUUAAAAAAUUGGUAUCUGUGAUUGAUACUAUCGUUGAUUCAAAUAAGAUUUUGGACGAUUUUGGAAAUUGUCUAAAGCAACAGAGAGAAGAUUGUAGUUUAAAAGUUGCAAAUGGUUUGCUUAUAGAAAAUGAUUAUGUCUGUGUUAAAUGUGAUAAACUAAUAAGUAUGGAUGAGAAUAUCUGUACUGGUAAUAAUAAUAACGACGUAAGCUCUGCCAAGAAUCAACCUUUCGAAAACGACAUGACUGAGGCCACUGAGCACGAUGUAGAGCAUACUUUAUACGAAGAAUCAGAUAUGAUCGAUGCCAGUAAAGAAGAUGUGGAUACUCCGUUCUCAACCUCUGAUGUAGAUAUAAGUAUGCAUAGCGAUACUAUUAAUACUGUAUCUAUGCACGUAAAUAAGGUAAACGAAGUACAAACAAGGUGCACGAGCAGCAGCAAUAGAGACGAAACGUACUGUAAUAGUCACGAUUUAAAACCUAUCUUAUAUGAGCAAUGCUGUGAUUUUUCCUGUGUAAACGAACGUGAUCAAACUUCUAUUUCUACACUAUCGCAAUCUUGCCUUCCACAAAUCGAAAGCGAUGUGGAACACUGUUCCAGGAGUAGCACAGAUGAUCCUAGCAUAGUAGGGAAGUGCGUCAAGGUUUAUACACCCAAACGACGCAAGUCCAUUGACGAGGUCCGCAAUAAGCUUGUAUAUACGCAAUGCAAUUUAGUGCCAACCCCACCACAUUCUACAGAUUCCAUAGAUUUACUAGACGAGCCGUCCGCUAACGAUUUACCAGUUACUCUAUUAACGUCUUUAGAUAUGGAGAGUGCCGAAUAUAUCUUGAGCUUAAGCACAGAGAGUAUACAAUCGAUAGUAGGUGGUACUAUAAGCGAUCAACAUACAGUGAUCGGAUGUAAAGGAAUAAAUGCGGAAGAAGAUGUCGAUAAACGACUGAAUACUCUAAUGAGUGACACGAAUUGCACGAAGCCAGUUCUAAGACGGAGCACACGACUUAAUCAACAAGAGAGUGAUGAAGCUAUUAACAAUGGCUUCUCUUCGGGAACCUUCGCUGGAACAGUGAAACUGUUUAAAAAAGGGAAUUCUCCCAAUAGAACAGAAUCAUGUGCGAAAACGAAACGCAAAGGGAAGGAAGAUCGUAAAGUGCCAGAUCACAACACGAUCGCAAGCUCAGUGCAAUCUCACAAGAAGAGCCCCAACAGCAGGAAAAGUAAUUCGAAAUUAAUGGUAAAAAAAAAUAACAAGUCUGUGUGUACCGUGGCCAGUAAUAAGGAGAAAGAAGAAUCGAGACCGAAGGAAGAAGGAAAAUCGAAGACUAAUAACAGAUUUAAAACCGAUACGGAGAGAUUGGCGACGUUGGAUCAGCACUCCAUUGUUUCGUCUAUAAAAUCCAAUACAUGCGAAUGCAUAAAUCGCGCCUUAUGGGGCGAUAUGUCCGACAUGUUAGAUUGUUGGGAAGGCGAAAUAGAUUUGCAUGCGUACCCAUCCAACACCGAGAUUCCCUUCGCCGUUGGUUUGCUGCCUCUACGAACCGCUCUGGAGAAAAUGCAGGCGAUGCCAGAUUAUCAGCCGCGCAAGACACGUUCGUCAGUUGCCCCGUUAAAGCAAGAUGCAGCUAAUAGUCAGAAGCGAAAAAUCUGCGCACCCUUGGAAGCUAUAGUACCGUCGAAAAAGCAAAAUGGCAAUAACAAUAACGAAAGUCCAAACACUGUAUAUCACAUAGAGAUACGAACAGCAUCGUCGCAGUGCGUAAAAAGUCGUAAACGUUUCCUUUCGGAUUCGAUCACAAGUCUGCCGGCGACUAACGUAACGAAUGUAUUACAAUCAGCUUAUUACGUAGAUAUUACUACGACCUAGAAACGGAAAAUCACAUUUAACCAGUAGCGAGAGAAAAAAAGAGAAUUAUCAAUUGGAUCAGUUCUUUCAAUGUCAAACCGAGAAUACGGGCCAACGCGUUCACCACGGAUUAGCGUCGAGGAGGAGGAUAAGCCCGAUGAGGUCGACGCUGCAGCGCAGCCACGGUGCAAUCAAUGAGCGCAUAUUGAUCUCAACCUUUCACGGAAUCUAACACCUGCAGAGAGGCGGAUCACCCUACGCGAGGAGAGACGCUGAUCAUCUUGUGGACGCUCUCUCCGAACGUGCGCGCGAUACAGCGCUUCGAAAUCCAAGUGAAAUAUUCUGUCCCCCAUCCUCCUCCCAUUUCUGGAUUUAAUAAAGUGAUAAAGUUUCGACAAAUGUGUGUGCAUGCAUUUGUACGAAUAGUCUGAAUUUUUAUUUUAAUAUUAAGAUACAAAUCUUUAUAUGUUUAUUUCGCGCGCGCUCGACGGGUUUUACAUCCAGAAACCAUGCGCAAUGUAAGAUAAGAUUGUGGUCGAUAUUGAUAAAAAUUUAAGAAUGCGAAUUUUAUUCAUUUAUCUCUUCAAAUGAUAGCAUUCGAGAUAUUUAGUCUUCUAUAUAAAGUCAACACUAUGUAAUAUAUAUUUAUACAAUUUGAUUAUACACGUUGUUGAUUUUCUAUGUAAACAUAAUUUAUGAAGUAAAAAAAAUUAAUGAUAUAAAAAACAAUUCGUUACGCAGUGCACGCAAUAUAUGUAUUAGAGGAACUAUUAGACUGAAUGAGAAAUAAUUAAUCUAUAAUGAAAGUAUAACUUUUUAUUCCAAUACAAUAUUUUUACAAAAUCAAAAGAUUCUUAUCUUUCUACUGCUUUCAUCGUUUAAUCCUUUUAUUUAUAUCGAUAGAAGCGGUUGUGUU